AUGAGUGAGCAGGAGAGGGAGACAGAGGAGGAGGAGGGAGGAGGCGCUUCAGACACAGCACCCAUGCUGCCCCGAAGGCUUCCUGACCGCCAGGCCUCAGACCUGAUGUCCCCAGGGUGGGCAGGCCUGGCUGCCCAAGGCCUGGGGGUCCUGCUGCUGCCGGGUCGGGCCCUGGCUGGGCUCGUGCUCCAUCUGCUGCUGCCCGCAGCCGUGUUCCUGCUGCUGCUGCUGCCCGCAGCCACCACUGUGUACCUGGGAUUCCUGUGCCACUCAAGGGUCCACCCGGCGCCCCGCCCUGCGUGCCGCGCGCUGCUGUCCGACCGCGGCUCCGCGGCGCUCAUCGUGUCGGGAUUCCUCUCGCUGCCUCCGCUGCUGGUGCUCGCCUCGGCCGCCCGCUCCCGCCUGGCCCGACGCCUCCGCUCGCUGCUGCCACCCCCGACCUGGAGUCCCGGACCCUGCCGCCACCCCGACGGGGAGGAGCAGCUCUAAUCCCCGCAGCCGCCGAGGGGCUGGGACGCCCCCAGAGAACAGGGAGAUGGCUCUCGGAGAAGGGGCGCGUGGCCAGGCUCGGAGAGAGGCGGCCUUCCUGGCUUCUGCCACUGUGGCUGUCCUGGGCUCCUGUGCCCCGACAACGGGCAGUCCCUGCGGGCCCCCUGUCUGGUCCGGCAGCGGCCUCCAGCGAGUCCCAGAGCUGUGCCCUUGGGCCUCUACUUCUUCGAGGCCUGGCAUCAGUCCCCAUCCUGCCCCUAG